AUGCAUGAGGACGGUUUUUCGAAUGGAUUUGAAUCACACUUUGACUUUUUCCUAAUUCAAGAUAGUGCCUCACGGAAGCAGGGAGCUUUGCAGAGUCCUUUGGAGACUGUGGAAAAGAUUGCGCAAAAGAGAGGCUUGGCACCAGAAGAAAUUCAGAACUUGCUGAACAUCGCACUCAGUGCCAAGCUUGGUAAAGAAAACAUGUUUGUUUGUUUGUUUUAUAAGAUAUUUAUUAAAGUUUAAACAUUACAAAGAAAAGAAAAGAGGAACAAAAGAAAAAUACAAGCAAUAAACAAUUACAAAACCACAAAAACAAAAAUAAAUACAGUAAUACGAAACAUCAACAAUACAAAAAAAGAAAGAAAAGAAAAAACAAAGCAUUUAAAAAACCCCAAAAAGAACAAACAAAAAUAAAAAGGGCCCCGUAUUUUCAUAUGUUUAUCUUUCAUUUGCUUAUUUCCUCGACUUCCUCACACCUCCUUUUUUGUAUUCUAGUUCAAUUAAUUAUUCCAGCAAGUCCUUUCCCUCUUUCUCAAAUUUAGUUCCAUAAUUUAUCUUAACGCAAUUUAGCCUUAAAUUUACACCUUUACCCAAUGUCGAUCUAUUCAUACUUAAUUCUUUAUAAUAUUUCUGCUAAAGUCAUAGAGCUUCUUUCCAGCAUCCUUCUAACAUUCAUUAAUUUUAGAAUAUUUCUGUAAAUAUACUUUAAUUUUUUUCCAAUCUUCUUCCACCGACUCUUCUCCCUGGUCUCGGAUUCUGCCAGUCAUUUCCGCCAAUUCCAUAUAAUCCAUCAGCUUCAUCUGCCAUUCUUCCCUGGUAGGUAGAUCUUGUGUCUUCCAGUGCUUUGCGAUAAGUAUUCUUGCUGCUGUUGUGGCAUACAUGAAAAAAACUCUGUCCUUCUUUGGCACCAAUUGGCCCACCAUGCCCAGGAGAAAGGCCUCUGGUUUCUUUAAAAAGGUAUAUUUAAAUACCUUUUUCAUUUCAUUAUAGAUCAUCUCCCAGAAUGCCUUAAUCUUUGGGCAUGUCCACCAAAGGUGAAAGAAUGUACCUUCAGUUUCAUUGCAUUUCCAACAUUUAUUAUCGGGCAAAUGAUAAAUUUUUGCAAGCUUGACUGGUGUUAUGUACCACCUGUAAGUCAUUUUCAUUAAAUUCUCUUUUAAGGCAUUGCAUGCCGUAAACUUCAUGUCAGUGGUCCAUAACUGUUCCCAGUCAGCCAUCAUAAUAUUAUGUCCAACAUCCUGUGCCCAUUUAAUCAUAGCAGAUUUCACCAUUUCAUCCUGAGUAUUCCAUUUCAACAGCAAGUUAUACAUUCUUGACAAAUUCUUAACUUUAGGGUCUAACAAUUCUGUUUCCAGCUUUGAUUUUUCCACCUGAAAACCUAGUUUUUUAUCCUGAUUAUAUGCCUCCAUUAUUUGAUAAUAAUGGAGCCAAUCUUGCACUCUGUUUUUUUAAUUUUUCAAAGCUCUGUAAUUUUAAUCUGUCACCCUCUUGUUCCAAAAUUUCCCAAUACUUCGGCCAUUUGGCCUCCAUAUUGAGUUUUUUCUGGGCCUUUGCCUCCAUAGGUGACAGCCAUCUUGGGGUUUUAGAAUCAUAGAAUCAUAGAAUCAUAGAAUCAUAGAGUUGGAAGAGACCGCAAGGGCCAUCGAGUCCAACCCCCUGCCAAGCAGGAAACACCAUCAGAGCACUCCUGACAUAUGGUUGUCAAGCCUCUGCUUAAAGACCUCCAAAGAAGGAGACUCCACCACACUCCUUGGCAGCAAAUUCCACUGUCGAACAGCUCUUACUGUCAGGAAGUUCUUCCUAAUGUUUAGGUGGAAUCUUCUUUCUUGUAGUUUGGAUCCAUUGCUCCGUGUCCGCUUCUCUGGAGCAGCAGAAAACAACCUUUCUCCCUCCUCUAUGUGACAUCCUUUUAUAUAUUUGAACAUGGCUAUCAUAUCGCCCCUUAACCUCCUCUUCUCCAGGCUAAACAUGCCCAGCUCCCUUAGCCGUUCCUCAUAAGGCAUCGUUUCCAGGCCUUUGACCAUUUUGGUUGCCCUCCUCUGGACACGUUCCAGUUUGUCAGUGUCCUUCUUGAACUGUGGUGCCCAGAACUGGACACAGCAUUCCAGGUGAGGUCUGACCAGAGCAGAAUACAGUGGCACUAUUACUUCCCUUGAUCUAGAUACUAUACUCCUAUUGAUGCAGCCCAGAAUUGCAUUGGCUUUUUAGCUGCCGCGUCACACUGUUGUCUCAUGUCAAGUUUGUGGUCAACCAAGACUCCUAGAUCCUUUUCACAUGUACUGCUCUCAAGCCAGGUGUCACCCAUCUUGUAUUUGUGCCUCUCAUUUUUUUGCCCAAGUGCAAUACUUUACAUUUCUCCCUGUUAAAAUUCAUCAUGUUUGUUUUUGCCCAGUUCUCUAAUCUGUCAAGGUCGUUUUGAAGUGUGAUCCUGUCCUCUGGGGUGUUAGCCACCCCUCCCAGUUUGGUGUCAUCUGCAAAUUUGAUCAGGAUGCCCUUGAGUCCAUCAUCCAAGUCGUUGAUAAAGAUGUUGAAUAAGACCGGGCCCAAGACAGAACCCUGUGGCACCCCACUAGUCACUCUUCUACAGGAUGAAGAGGAACCAUUGAUGAGCACCCUUUGGGUUCGGUCAGUCAGCCAGUUACAAAUCCACUGAGUGGUAGCAUAGUCAAGACCGCAUUUUACCAGCUUCUUUACAAGAAUAUCAUGGGGCACCUUGUCAAAUGCCUUGCUGAAAUCAAGGUAGGCUACAUCCACUGCGUUCCCUUCAUCUACCAGGCUUGUAAUUCUGUCAAAAAACGAGAUCAGGUUAGUCUGACAUGACUUUUUUUCAGAAAUCCAUGCUGACUAUUGGUGAUCACAGCAUUCCUUUCUAGGUGCUCACAGACUGUUUGCUUAAUGAUCUGCUCCAGAAUCUUCCCUGGUAUUGAUGUCAGACUGACUGGGCGGUAAUUAUUUGGGUCCUCUCUUUUCCCCUUUUUGAAAAUAGGGACAACAUUUGCCCUCCUCCAGUCUGCCGGGACUUCGCCUGUUCUCCAGGAAUUCUCAAAGAUGACUGCCAGUGGUUCUGAGAUCACAUCUGCCAGUUCUUUUAAUACUCUUGGAUGCAGUUCAUCUGGCCCUGGAGACUUGAAUACAUCUAAACUAGCCAAGUAUUCUUGUACUAUCUCCUUAGUUAUUCUGGGCUGUGUUUCCUCUGCUGAAUCAUUUGCUCCAAAUUCUUCAGGUCGGGCAUUGUUUUCUUUAUCGGAGAAGACUGAGGCAAAGAAGGCAUUGAGGAGUUCAGCCCUUUCUGUGUCCCCUGUUUGCAUUUCACCAUCUUCUCCUCUGAGUGACCCCACUGUUUCUUUGUUCUUCCUUUUGCUACGAACAUACCCAUAAAAGCCUUUUUUGUUGCUUUUAACCUCUCUAGCAAGCCUGAGUUCAUUCUGUGCUUUAGCUUUUCUGACUUUGUGUCUACACGUGCUGGCUAUUUGUUUGAAUUCCUCUUUGGUGGUUUCCCCCUUUUCCAUUUUUGUACACAUCCUUUUUAAUCUUAACUCAGUUAAAAGUUCUUUAGAUAGCCACCCUGGCUUCUUUAGGCACCUUCCAUGUUUCCGUCUCAUUGGUAUUGCCUGACGUUGUGCUUUUAGUAUCUCCCUCUUAACAAACUCCCAGCCAUCAUGAACUCCCUUUCCUUUUAGUAUUACUGUCCAUGGGAUCUCACCCAGCACUUCCCUAAGUUUUAUGAAGUCAGCUUUCUUAAAGUCAAGAAAUUGAGUCCUAGUAUGCUUGGCUGCUCCUUUCCGCUGUAUAGUAAACUUCAGAAGAGCAUGAUCACUCGCGCCUAAUGAUCCUUCCACUUCUACCCCACUAACCAGGUCAUCAACAUUAUAUGAGGUCACUGUUAUUCUUCUCUCCCUUAAUUUUGACCCAAAUGCUCUCACUUUGGCUUUGAGGUUCUAAAUCUUGGAUCUCUUCACAGGUAUACACAUCCCUGACAUAUAACGCCACUCCUCCUCCUUUCUUGUCUGGUCUGUUUCUCUGAAAUAGAUUGUAUCCCCCAUUAUUACAUUCCAAUCGUGGGACUUAUCCCACCAGGUUUCAGUGAUGCCUAUUAUGUCAUAUUUAGUUUGCUGUACCAAGAGCUCAAGCUCAUCUUGUUUAUUUCCCAUGCUUUGCGCAUUAGUGUACAGAAAUUGAAGUCCAUUAAUCAUUCCCCCGUGUCUCUUAUUUAAGGAUUUUUUCCUUCCACCACUAGGUCUGCGUGCUGUUUGCUCCAUUUGGUCUACGACAUUUGGAUGAUCAUCUUCAUCAAUUGAUAGACUCCUACCUUCAGGAGCACUGUCUCCCUCCCCCACAUUAGUCAGUUUAAAGGUUUUAUUUUCUAACAAAUCCUUAUAUCUUAUCCAGACAUUAAACAGUGCUUUUCUUACAAUAUGGUUUUUGAACGCUUUGUGUGCUUUGACCUUAUCAUAUCACAAAUAUGCAUGCCAACCAAAUACAUUAUUGAAACCUUCCAAAUCCAAAACAUCCGUAUUUUCAAGAAGCAUCCAUUCUCUCAGCCAGCAAAAAGCGGCUGAUUCAUAGUAAAGUUUUAAGUCUGGCAGGGCAAAUCCACCUCUUUCUUUAGCAUCAGUUAAAAUCUUAAAUUUUAUACGAGGCUUCUUGCCCUGCCAGACAAAUCUGGAAAUAUCUCUCUGCCACUUCUUGAAACAGUCCAUUUUGUCCAAAAUUUGCAGUGAUUGAAACAGAAAUAACAUUCUUGGCAAUACAUUCAUUUUUAUCACAGCAAUUCGGCCUAGCAACGAUAGCUUCAAAUUUGACCAUAUUUCUAAGUCUUUUUUCACUUCAGUCCAACAUUUUCCAUAGUUAUCCUUAAAUAAAUUCACAUUCUAAGCAGUCAUAUUGACCCCUAGAUAUUUCACUUUCUUAACCAGUGUCAGUUCUGUCUCCUUCUGAAACUUCUCUCUCUCAAUCACAUUCAGAUUUUUCUCCAGAACUUUAGUUUUCACCUUAUUCAGCUUAAGCUGAAAACAUGUUUUGGCUUCUCUUUCCCCUUGGCAGCAAAGUAUGUCAAAGUAGCUGCAUUGCCCUGCCUUCUCCCUUAACAAGAACCGGGGCUGCGUCUAGCUUGUGAGAAAUUAUCAAGAGUGAAGAUCUUAAGCAUGAUAAGCAGUGUCUUUCAAUGUCUUGCAGGCACAGUGAUAAGCACUAGGCUACUGAAGACUCUGAUUCCCAUUUCCGUAAUAACAGAGGAUUCUCUUCUUUCAGCUGUGUCUUGGCUCUGUGCUCGCAAGUGUUCUAGUGACUUUCAGGUAACUUGGAAAGCAUGGUAAUGAUGUCUUGGUUCUGAAGAAUGAUAUUUCCCCAGUCUGACUUAGUUAUCCUGGUGAUGAUUCAGCUAGAUGUUGUACACGCUGACCAUAUUCCAGAAGGGGUUUGUUGUCUUGGUCUUGCUUUGGCUUACUGAGAUCUGUCUUCUCCCUAUAGAUGCUCAUUCUAAAAUGGAUAAUUGUAACGUUUGACUUCAUUGAUCAGAAGGAAAAUAUGAAUGCUCUCUAUAGUUUCUUCUUCCGCUUCUUACAAUAUGAGAAAUUGGUAAGAUAAAAGGAAUGUGUUAUUUUGAAGGAACUCGCUUUUAUUCUGACAUUAACCCAAAUCAAACAAUAAAGAGUACUUUCCGACCACACAACAGGACACCAUGUGAAAAGUGGGGCCUUAAAAAAACCUCUCCCAUUUCCUUCCUUUUCCUGUCUUGUUCCUUCCCAAUGGGCGCCGGUAGCAGCGCCCCCCGGGUGCAUGUCAUGUUCAGGCAGGCAGGCAGCUAUCCGGUGUCGAUCCCGCCCGUUCCUCCCUCCACCCCCCUCAAUGACAGCCGUGCAGGCAGCUAUCCGAUGGAGGGAGGGGGGGGAAAAUCCUGUUCUGCAUAGCUAUCAAUUUGGGUGUGAUAGUCUUAUGUUUGCAUACUUAUGGGAAAAUAAAACUACUUUAUUUUAGAGCUUGUAUUUGUGUGUAUUCAUGGUAUUAUUUGUAGACCCAGUAGAUGGCAGUGUGGUGUGGAGAGUGUUUUUGGCAGCUCGUGAAAGGAUAGAGGGUGGCACGUUGACCGUUCAAAGGCGCUAUAAGCAAUAUAUAUAUAUAUCUCCACAUUUUCCUAGCUACGUUUCCCCAUAAAAGUAUACACUCGAAUAAAUUUGAAUCAAAUACAUUUGGAACAAGUGAUUGUUACAUUUAAGGAACAUUCUCUAGGCGAUGAGUUUGGGGGGAAAUACAAAAACCCAUUCGGAUAAAUUUGGAUACAUUUAGAAAAGUACAGCAUUUUGAGGAAAAAUACAUUUGAGUCGAAAAAUACAUUCAGAUCCAUUCUUAAAGUCAAUGAGAAAGAUACAGCAAUAACGAUACAAUUUGAUACAGCGAAAAACGAUCCAUUCCCCAAGGCAAAUACGAUCUAUUUGAUAUUGGUAGGGUCCUUCUCCGUUAUUCCCCUCUCUGACCCUGACUCUCUUACGACACAGGGACCAUCCCAGAGUGUGGGCACAACUUCUGCUGGUCCGGCCUGAUCCAGUGCAGCGGGGCAAAAAGAAGGCUGGCUUCCUGUCCUCAAGGCCGAGUUGGAGUCCAGAGAAUGAGCCUCGUCCGCAAUCGGCAAUUGGCUACCUUUAUCAAAGUAGCCAAGACUCUCAGUCUUCAAGAGGGAAAGGAGGAGUCUGUGAGAAGCACCAGGAGCCCCUGAAACUCUUUUGCAAGGAGGAUGAAGCCCCCAUCUGUGUGGUUUGGGGCAGAUCCAAGAAGCACAAACACCACGAGGUGAUUCCUCUGGAAGAGAGGCUGUCGAGGAAUACAAGGUACCUUGAGGGGGAGAAAUAGCUGUGUAUUCUUCUUGGCAGGUUAUCUUCUGAAUUCUCAGAUCCAAAGUAGGCAUGGUAUUCAUUGGUGGUUGUUUUUUACCUUAGAAGCAGCCAAGGGGAAGCCUGAGGUCUGCUGGGAUGGCUGGGAGGAGGGAGUCGAAGUCUUUCUCUCUGCCAGGGGGGCCAAGGGAUCUUCCCUUGAAAUACAGCAGCUUCAAAGAUUUGGGUUGGGACCAUGGCAGGGAGAGAAAGGGUUAACCUCAUCCACAUCCCCCAGCAAGGUUGCUUUGUACAUAUUUAGAACACUACAAAACUGAAUUGCACAUGUCUCCUUUGGCUAGCAGGAUGCCUCCUCAAUGCCCUGCAAAGCAGAUAGCAGCAAGGGGUCAGUUGCAAGGGGGUGGGGACUGGAGGCCAGUGUUAUAAGGAAAAAACGGCUCCUUUUCCCUUCUGGGGUACCUCAGAGCCCAUAUAGAGUCCUUUUGUAGCUUCUCUAUCGGUAGGAGAAAAUAACAGAGGCCAACCAGAGAAUAUUGAGAAGCAAAGCAGCUAGUAAGCCAGAUCUUUAUUAACUGUUGCAACAGGGUGCUCACACCCCCCCCCACGCAGGAAGGAGGAGGAGACCCCAAACCAAGUCCUUAUAUAGACAUUUGAAAUUGCCCACCGUGGAGCCCAAGACCACCCCUCCAUACAUCAUACAUACAUCACAGAAGGGGCGGCCUACAACAGACUCCUGUCUGGCAGGAAACCUGUUGAUGGGUUUACCUGGCUGUUCAUGGGUUUACCUGCAUAUUCUUUUGUGAUGAGAACUACUUACGGUAUUUAUGUAUGUGUUCUGUACUUUUCUUUCUUCCAGUCAAUUACUUUGCUAUUAUAGCAAGGCCACUGGACCCAAGAAGCCAGUAUAAUAUUCAUCUCCUCUCUUUGUGUCUCAAUCAAAGCUGAGUUUUCCCUUUUCUUGUCAGGGAGAGAUCUGUCGCCGCCUGGAGAUUCGGAGGAAAGAGAGAGGGGAAAUUCUGGCCUAUCAAGCAGACCUGGCCAAGAAAAGCAAAGACCUCCUUGGAAGUGUCCCUAUUGUUACUAGUGAGGGAACAAGCACUUCAAGAAGCAAGUCCGGACUGAGGAGGGAUGGGGAAAUCUGCCCAUUUCAACUUCUCCCCAUUUCUCCUUUUUCCAUAUCGGCUUAUUUAUUUAUUAUUCUGAAAAUGAAUCAAAUGCUAGGGUGGCUACCUUCUCAUAUAAAUAUUUUGAUACGUGCUUUACCCUCAUAAAUACAUUUUUUGUGAACAUUACCUGGCUGGGUCAACCUUGAAAAAUUCAGAGGUGUGAAUUUCAAAAGAUUGUUGUUUUGGUCUCCAUAUUUUUCCAAGAAUUGCGAAUUAGGUAAGUUCACCUUUGAAUGCAGCUAAAUGGAGUUUAUUUCCCAUUGUUGUUUAUUAUGUGAAAAGCAGUCAAGGAGAAGCUUGAGGACUUGUGAGCUGAGAGGGUGGAAGCACUUCAAUUCAAAUCCUAAUUCUCUUGCUGAUGUUUUGAAGGCUGACCCUCUUCCUCACUCCGACCUCCUCAGAAACGGAGAGGCUGCAGACUGUGGAGAAGUUCAGACAACUGCACCAGUUCUUGGAAGAAGAAGAAGAAAAGCGUCUGCUGAAUCAUGUGGAAGAGGUGGAGAAGGAGAUUGCAGGGAGAAGGGAUGAGCAGCUGGCCAGACUCUGCAGGAAACUCUCCUCUCUUGAGAGGAUCAUCCAGGUGAUGGAGGAAAGGGUCAGCAGCCAGCGAGUGAACUGCUGCAGGUAA